AUGUCCGACUUUGAUUAUACCCUUUACUCUUACUUCAGGUCUUCCUGUUCUGCACGUCUUCGAAUCGCCCUGAAUAUCAAGUCGAUCAAAUAUGACAUGGUCUACGUCAAUCUCCUCAAAAACGAACAGCUGUCAGAUGAGCACAAAGCUCUCAACCCCUCCGCCUCGGUGCCCGUUCUCAUCAACAAGGCGUCAAAAGGCACUCCAUUCAAGGUUGGCCAGUCGGUGGCUGCUCUAGAGUAUCUAGAGGAGAAGCAUCCUCACGUCCCAAUGCUUCCGCCAACUUCUGACCCUGAGGCUCGAGCCAUGGUGCGCACACUCGUCGACAUCGUCUGUGUAGACAUUCAACCACCUACAAACCUCCGUAUCAUGCGUCGAGUCAGGGAACUUGGAGGCAGUGCCGAGGACUGGAACCUCCAGCUUAUGACGCAGGGGAUGGCAGCUUACGAGAACGUGGCAGCGGGAACAGCGGGCAAGUAUUCUUUUGGGGACGAGGUUACUCUGGCGGAUGCUUGCCUCAUCCCAGCUAUUUGGAACGCUCAGAGGUUUGGUGUUGACUUGAAGGCUUUCCCUACGAUCAGCAAGAUUGUGGAGAAUUUGAAGGAUCAUCCUGCUGUCGUCAAGGCGCAUUGGCAAAACCAACCAGAUACACCGGAGAAUUUGAGAGGGUAG